AUGCGCAUCCGGGUCACGUUAACGCCGCGGUUUCCUCCGCCCGCUUGCUUUUGCUGUGGGUUUGCACUGGUCCCUAUGUCCUGCUGUGGGGCCCCUGCCGCCUUUGGGCAAAUUAUUUAAAUCUCUGAAUCCCAGUUGCCUUGUCCAUAGUAUGAGGAUGGUACCAUCUGUGUCUUAGGAUAGUGUGGAGAUAAAAUUAGACUGUGAAGACUGCUGAGAGACGCUUAAAAUCCAGUCACAUAAGCAUAAUACAGAAAUAUUGGUCCUCAUGGAAGAAGAGCAGGAUUUACCAGAGCAACCAGUGAAAAAAAGCCAAGAUGCAAGAGUCAGGAGAGCAAACUUUAAGUCAAGUAAGCAACCCCGAAGUCAGUGAUCAGAAACCUGAAACUUCAAGCCUUGCGUCAAACCUUACCAUGUCAGAGGAAAUUAUGACAUGCACCGAUUACAUCCCUCGCUCAUCCAAUGAUUAUACCUCACAAAUGUAUUCUGCAAAACCUUAUGCACAUAUCCUCUCAGUUCCUGUUUCGGAAACUGCUUACCCUGGACAGACUCAGUACCAGACGUUACAGCAGUCUCAACCUUAUGCUGUCUACCCUCAGGCAACCCAAACGUAUGGACUACCUCCUUUUGGUGCAUUGUGGCCAGGUAUGAAACCUGAAAGUGGUUUAAUUCAGACUCCAUCUCCAAGUCAACACAGUGUUCUUACCUGCACUACAGGGUUAACCACAAGCCAGCCAAGCCCAGCACAUUAUUCUUAUCCCAUUCAAGCUUCAAGCACAAAUGCCGGCCUGAUAUCCACUUCAUCUACAGUUGCCAAUAUUCCAACAGCAGCAGUUUCCAGCAUCUCAAACCAGGACUAUCCCACCUAUACUAUCCUUGGUCAGAGUCAAUACCAGGCCUGCUACCCCAGCUCCAGCUUUGGAGUCACAGGCCAGACUAACAGUGAUGCUGAGAGUACCACGUUAGCAGCAGCCACAUAUCAGACAGAGAAGCCUAGUGUGAUGGUACCUGCGCCUGCAGCACAGAGACUUUCCUCUGGAGACCCUUCUACAGGCCCAUCUUUGUCCCAGACUACACCAAGUAAAGAUGCUGAUGACCAGUCCAGGAAAAACAUGACUGGCAAGAAUCGGGGCAAGAGGAAAGCUGAUGCCAGUUCUUCCCAGGACAGUGAAUUGGAACGAGUAUUUCUGUGGGACUUGGAUGAAACCAUUAUCAUCUUCCACUCCCUUCUUACUGGAUCCUAUGCCCAGAAGUAUGGAAAGGACCCAACAGUAGUGAUUGGCUCAGGUUUAACAAUGGAAGAAAUGAUUUUUGAAGUGGCUGAUACACAUCUAUUUUUCAAUGACUUAGAGGAGUGUGACCAGGUGCAUGUGGAAGAUGUGGCUUCUGAUGACAAUGGCCAAGACUUGAGCAACUACAGCUUCUCGACAGAUGGUUUCAGUGGCUCAGGAGGCAGUGGCAGCCAUGGUUCCUCUGUGGGUGUCCAGGGAGGUGUGGACUGGAUGAGGAAACUGGCUUUCCGCUACCGAAAAGUGAGAGAAAUCUAUGAUAAGCAUAAAAGCAAUGUGGGUGGCCUCCUCAGUCCCCAAAGAAAGGAAGCACUGCAGAGACUAAGAGCAGAAAUUGAAGUUUUAACAGAUUCCUGGUUAGGAACUGCGUUAAAGUCCUUACUUCUCAUUCAGUCCAGAAAGAAUUGUGUGAAUGUUCUGAUCACUACAACCCAGCUGGUUCCAGCUCUGGCCAAGGUUCUCCUAUACGGGCUAGGAGAAAUAUUUCCCAUUGAAAACAUCUAUAGUGCUACCAAAAUUGGUAAGGAGAGCUGCUUUGAGAGAAUUGUGUCAAGAUUUGGAAAGAAAGUCACAUAUGUAGUGAUUGGAGAUGGACGAGAUGAAGAAAUUGCAGCCAAACAGCACAACAUGCCUUUCUGGAGAAUCACAAACCAUGGAGACCUGGUGUCCCUCCACCAGGCUUUGGAGCUUGAUUUUCUCUAAGAACUGGAAUGAAGAGCUUCCCCAUGAGCUCCUUUUCACUCCUGAAGGGAGCUAGAGACUGGAACCAACUGGGAAAUCUCUCUUUCUCUUUCUCCAUGGAAUGCUGGCGAGAACACAAUCCGAACCAACAGCUGCGAGGGACAAAGCUUGUUUUUGCUAAGAGGAGCUGCAGCCCCAUGUUCGUCCUCGUGCAAAAGCGGGAGACAUUUGGAUUGAGAGAGAACAUAGACUCACUGCAGCUACAGUGCUUUGAAUUCUUCUGUUUUUUGUUUUGUUUUAUUUUGUUUCAAAAAAUGAAGAAAAGGAAAUUCUUGGGGCGGUUGCACUCUUAGUCCAUGACCAGAUUGAGAACUGCUAUUAACUUGUGGUGAUAAGAUAAAUGCGGCGGACUUUUCUAAUAACA